AUGAACCUGUACACACCAGCUAAUGGUAUCCUGGAGACUCACGUCACGUGGAAGGACAUCGAGCAGGACUUGCAACGUGAACUGUUCACUGCUGCCAUAUUCGGGCCAAAUAAAUCGGCGCAGGAUGUUGAACAUGGAAACGUGAGUGAUUGUGAAAGAUUUCAGCGAUUUCUAUGCGCAAACGCUUGGAAUCCGUUCGACAAAGUGCAUGAUGUACCAGGGCACAGCGUCAGGUGA